AUGAUGGAACAAAAAAUUGUGUUGUUAUUUAUUAAAAUUUCAGCGUUUACACUUUUGCCUUGUAUAUAUCACUUUUAUAAUGGCAUGAACUCUUUAAAUAAAAAUUUGGUUGAAAAAUGGAAUCUUCGUAGAAAAUUUAAUUCAAGAACUUAUAGAAUAUUAGCAAAUUAUAAACAUCAUAAAUAUUCAAGUAAUGCAAAACUUAAAGAAGUUAUGCAAUUUAAUGAAGCGAAAAAAGAAAAAAAUAUAUAUAAUAAUAAAGAAGGAACAAAUGAAAAACACAAACUAUCUUGUAGAAGUUCAUUAUACAUUGAGCAAUGCGGUGAAAAUGUUAAGAAAAGUAAAUGUGUUAAAUCUAAAACAAGUAAAUGUUUCGAUUUUGAAAAAAAAAUAUUUAAAAAACUUGAUUAUGAAGAUUACGUUAAAAAUAUUAUAACUAUUGAUUAUAAGAAAUAUAAAAAACUAGCACGUAAAAAACGCAGAGUACGUAUUGCUUUACUUUUGUUAUUUAUCUUGAUAUUGAUACUACCCUUAUUAGAUCUUUCAUUAGAGAAUUUAGUAGAUGGUGGGUUGUUAGGCUUAUUACACUUGUUAUCCCCAACUUUAGGCGAAAAAAAUGCCCUGACUGGGGUAGAUGGACAGUUGGUUACACUGUUAAGCAGUGGUCAGUGGGGCUAUUUAGAAAAAAUAUGUGCAUCAACUAUUUUCAUUUAUGGCGUACCUUUCCUUAUAUUUGUUGUUAUAUUUAUAUUUGGGAUGGUUUAUUACUAUAAAAAAGUUAUAAAAUAUGAAAAUAUUAAGUUCAAAAAAAGAUUAAAUAAGAGGUAA